CCCUCUUCCGGAAAUGCUCUGACCUAUUUACUACUCCUAGAUCUGUGACCUGUCACUGUGUUGUUGUUCAAAUUCAUCCCUUCUAUCUUCAUCGUCGUCGCAUCUGCAAACCCUGGGUGUAUCGUACACCGUUACUUUUGAAGUGUACACGUGAUACUCAUAUUUUAAGGAGGAAGAAUAUGGCAACAACAGCAUGUUUCAUCAUUGUGAGCAAGAAUUUUAUUCCGAUAUAUGAAGCUGAAGUGGGCACUUUACUUAAAAAAGAAGAAGCUGCUCAACAACAUCAAUUCAUCAUACAUGCAGCUUUGGAUAUUGUGCAGGACCUUGCUUGGACUACAAGUGCUAUGUUUUUGAAAGCAACAGAUAGGUUCAACGAUUUGGUGGUGUCGUCAUAUGUUACUGCAGGUCACACAAGAUUGAUGCUGCUUCAUGACUCUCGUAAUGAAGACGGGAUAAAAAGCUUCUUCCAGGAGGUCCAUGAGCUCUAUAUAAAGAUACUUCUCAACCCUCUCUACUUACCUGGGUCUCGCAUUACAUCAUCCCACUUUGAUACAAAAGUUCGAGCUCUUGCAAGAAAAUAUCUGUAGAUGCCCUCGCUUGAUCGUGGUUUGGACAUAGUGUAAUGGCUGGUAAUUUCUAUUCUACACCCUCCACCAGUGUCAUGAUUCUUUUAAAGGUUUCUGGUAUGGGCCAAUUUAUUUCCUUUUUAUUUCUGUUAAAUUACACAAGUAUCCUAUUUGGGUUGCUACAAAACGAUCUCGGGGAUUUUGAUCUGAUUCUGCGAAACAAGGUUGAUUUUCAGUUUUUAUUUAUUCAGAAUUGUAACUUAUGUUUACUCCAGUUAUAUCUGGUCCGAUUGGUGGGUAGCACAUGGUGUAGCUACCCUCUGUAAUAUACAAAGAGUUGAAGACCCAAUAUGUGAACGUAAUCUGCCAUCUACACAGUAAUAAUAAAUAAAUAAAAACAUUGGGUCUUGUAGAAAUGGUUUA